GCCUUCAGUAGUUACGUAAUGGUCACAUCCGAGGUAUCGCCUUCUUGUUGACACCACAAACGCACUCAUGUAAUCAGACAGGCAAGCACAUGCCCGAGUUGCCUGCCUGAUGCGAUGAGGGAGGGUGUGGCAUCAGCAAGGCGUCCCUGUCAGUCUGUUGCUCACUCACUCACUCACAUCCCUCCUCCCAACCGAAGAGACUGACAUACAGCAACAUUCCGCAAGCAGCAAACGGCCAGGGAGUGCACUGCACUGCAGUCGAGAAUGAGGUGAAAGCAGCCGAGUGCUGACUGUUUCACCGACUGACUGACCGACUGACCGGCACAGGUCCGCACUCCCCCCAUCCCUCCUUUCAGUACGUGGAAAAAAGAGUCGCUGGUCAAUCGAUCGCAUCACUCGCAAGAAGACGUCCACGUGCUCACGUACGACGUCGCUUCGUCGCGCAGACACCAGUCAGGGAUGGGAUGGAUUGAUGUGGAUGGCACGGGGUAAAACGCCAUGUGCACCGAUCAACACAAGAGGGCAAUACCUAACCUACCCUACCCAGUCAGUGAGGGGCAAAACAUGGGCAAAAACACUGCUGAUGUGCCUGCAUACAGCACAGCCAUGGGUGUGGACUCUCGCCUGUGGCGGGCCCGAUACCACUGUACAAGGAGGAGGACGCAGGCACCCACCCGUGCAUGCCCUGCCCUGGACCGAUGGACCGACCGAUGGACCGACGGACGUCUUGAAAGCAAUCGAUCAAAAGACAAAAGGAGACCAAAAGGACCGCGGACCGAGAAACGCACCCAUCAUUCACAUGCUGGCCCCUGACGCGUCGCCAGCAUCAUGAUGGACCUGCAAACGGACGGGCAGCCACACAUCAAGAGACGAUGAGCACCAGCACGCAUCGAAACAUGCUUGUUGUCGUGUGCCUCACCGUGCCCUCCCUGGCCGCUUCCGCCUUGUUGAAUCGGCCGAUGGCCGCCAUUCAAGCACCUGGGGGCCACGCCAAUCCCGCCCGGCUCGUCAUCAUGCCCAUCCCGAAACACACUUGGCAGCUGCAUCGCGGGCCUGUCGGCCUCACUCGUCAUCUCCAGUGGCGGGGCCCUGCCACCACCCCCCACCCGAGCUCGCUUGUCGGAUCUCAUUGCCUCUCCGACCCCCACCCCGACGUCCUUCCGCUUUCGCCGGGCAGCGGCGUCGGCCACAGCAAUCGACUGACGGCUGAAUGGGGGAAGAACAUCACUGUAGUAUGGGGGGUGUCCUGCCUUGACGGCAGUGUCAGGAGUGUGCAGCGCGGCGCCAUGGGGAGGAAGGUGCCAUCCGUGGGGAUGGGUGGUGGUGAAGGGAGGGCCAGACUCUUCGUCGGAGCUGUCGCCACUGUCGCUGUCGCUUUCCACGCGGCUGGGAUGCACCGUCACCGGGGGAUGCUCACUCGACCCGCGUGAGAAGCCAGAGUACCGCUGUGUCGACCUUUUGCUGUCCAACCUCUGCCCCCUCACUGCAGCAGCAGCUGAUGUCGUGCUCGCAUCCCUCCUGCUGCCGCCGGCUUGCUGUGCGGGCGAGAGUGGGGUCAUACCCUUGCCGCAGUGGUUGACCAGCAGCUGCAUCUUCUUCUCGUGUCCCUCUGGCGAGCAACUAGAUGAGAAGGGGAUCUGCCCGUCGGAGGGGUACAGCUGCGGGGGUAACGGUUCGAUCUCGUCCAACUGCGUCGACCGACGCACAGUCCGCUUCCUGCUGUCUUGCUGACGGUGGUAAGCGCCGCUGAUGGUGUCAUGUGCCGUAGUGCCACAUGGGUGGAGGUGGUCCAUGGAUGGACUCCCGCAAGAGCCCAUGAGCCCCUCUGAGUCGCCCUUGGCCAUCCUCGCGCCGGGAAGCAGCAGCGGGUUGGAAAGCAUCAGAGAGGACGGGCCUGUGGCCGGAGGGAAGAGCGGUUGCUGUGUGAACUGAAAGGUAGCCGAGAUGGGGAGGAGGCUGUGGCCGGACGGGGGCAGCAGGUCGAAUGGCAUGUGCGACAUGUGGGGCGGGAUCAUGCCGUGCUGAUGGCCGUCUGGCGAAGACGUCGCUGCCGGCCCCUCCAGCGCACUCCUGGGCACCACCCCGGGUGACCCCAGCCCCCCCUGGUCCUUGACGUUCUGGUGGCCAUCCGCCCCCCUCCCGUCGCCAUGCAUGUCCUCAUAUGCCCACGGCAUCCUCGGCUCGCCACCGCCACCAUGCAUCGAGAAAGGUGCGAAGCCAUGGUCGCCACUGGCUGACCCGCCGUCAUGUUGGAAGGUAUCGAAAGAAGACGACAGCCCGGGGCCGAGGUCCAUGCCCUCCACAAGACACGGGUCAGCCAGCAGCCCGUCUGGGGGCGAGAGGAAGUGGAGGGGCUUGGGCCCAGGGGGCGACAGCAGCGCUCCAAUCGAUGAGGAGGCAUGGUGGCCGUCUUCGUGAGCAGAGUGGACGGUUGUGGUUGAGGGGUUGGCCGGUGGCACGUCACCGAAGUCUGGCUGUGGAUUGUCGUGCGCCUGCGAAGGGCCGGCAGUCGAUGACGAGGAAUCCGCCUGGGUGGUCUGGCCCACAGAGUCCGUGGCUGGGGAUCCCGGAUGGACGCCAAACGAUCUCAAACUAUGCGCAUCUGAUCUUUGCGGCGGGAGGCAGUCACUCGUCGCCUUGACGGGCGCAUCCGUCGUCCCAGCCGCCGACUCACUCCCCUGCUCUGGUCCAGCAACGGGAGAUGGUGUCGACUGCGGCUGAGCGUUUGACUCUCUCUUCACCUCUACUGGCGGGGGAGGGGGCCGGCAGGGAGUGGAGGUCGUCACCAGGCCGGCCGUCUUGGGGUGAUAGCUGGGCGGGUGGGACACCGCCACACUGCCGACAACGGUAGCAGCACCAGACAAGCUUGGAUGGGGCGCCACGAACGCUGGCCGGGGGCCGGGGAAGGGAAAGGUGAGAGGGAAGGUGACGUUGACACUCAUGUUCAUGUUCAUCACCAGGGGCCGCAGGUAGACGCCGGGCGACCCAACAGAUCCCGGAGCGCCAGUUGGCGUCACCGGACGGAUGCUGACCUGAGAUGGCGGGACAGAGAAGCUGCCUCCACCGACACCGCCCUUAGCCGUUCCGGCGGCCGGACUUCCGCCAGCAGGCUGCGUCACUUCAGCCACAGGCAUCCCGGACACCACGCUGGGCUGAGCGGACGAUGGCGCUGGUGCUGGCGGCGAAGGCGAUGGCUGUGGGUUUGCUGACGCAGCAGCAAUUGGCGGGCGGGGAGUGAAGAAGGGCGGGCGCACGAAUGCCACCGGUGGGUGGGAUGUUGCGCCGGGCAGCGAGAAGGAAUAGGGGCCCCUCAUGCCGCCCAUCCCAUUGGCGAAGACAGCGGGCGACAGAACCGGCACGGCAAAGGGAUGAUGCGGCAGAUUCAUCGGCACAGAAGAUCCAUCGCGGGGAGGCGCUGGGGUUGGGGUGCUGCUGCUGCUGGCCGCCAGCGCAUCAGGGCGCUCGGUCCUCUCUGCCUCGGUGUCGGUGUCGCCGCCAUCCGUCCUGCACUGAUCGCCCUUGCCGCCAGGGUGUGAGGGUGCCGUCCCACUGGAUGGUGGCGACCUCUGGCGUCCAUCGGGGCUGUCCGUCGCCCCGUCGCCGGUCUUCUUCUCCACCUUGACAUUGCUGAUGGUGUCGCCGUCCGAGUUGCCCUCCUCAUUCUCGCCCUCAGCAAUGAGCAGCUUCUGCCUGUUGGCCAGGUUGGCUAUCACCUGGUACGGCACCGCCGCGGGGAUGCCGACGCCCUCGGGGAUGGACGAGAAGAUCGGAGGGUCGACGAGCGUCUCCACCUUGGGCGGGUCAUUGAACUUGAGGACACCUGCCUCGGGCCCGGGAGGGGCGGCCAUGGCCGGCACCGGGAAGGGCAGCUUGGGGUCGUUCUCUGUCGGCUGAGUGGUGGGAGGGAGGGGGCGGGGGAUGCGGGGGUGGGUCGUCUCAGGCAGAUCCACGACAAUGUGACUCAACGCGUCCCAAAUGUUCGCAGACUGCAGCGGAAGAGCGGAAGGACAAAGAGAACACGUGUGCCUGCCCCACGGUAAAGUGUUGCGUGCUUGAGUGCGUUUGUACCUACCUGUUGGAGGACGCGUGCGCAUUUGGGUCCGCCCCCCAGUGCGGGGUACUUGGGGUGGUAGAUGACGUUGCGGCGGGCCAGGUCACUGAAGGCCCACUGGAAACCCCGACACACAUCCUCAUUCUGCAAGGGGAGGGGACGGUGGACAACAAACACAAACAAGGCGUUCGCACACGUAUAUACGUCUUCGGUAGUCUCUUCUGUCUGUUCGAACCAGUCUGAUCUUGUCGAAUGAGGCAGCGCAUUCCUUGGCGAAUGCCCGCUCCUGCCGCCGCCGCUCAGCCGACUUCUUCUGUUCGUCACCAUACGUCUGCAACAAACAUGCCAACAAAUCAAUCACGCGCACGGAUGGAUCGGCCCUCUCUCAUCGCCUCGCCCUUCCCUUGACUUACGGCAAUCUUGCAGGCCCUCAUGAUGGCGGGCCUCCCCUGGAAGCCCUUCUCCUCCAUCCGCUGGGACAGUGCCGGUGGCAAAGGCAGCUCCAGCUUGCACAGCCGCAAGUCACAAAAGGGGAAGAGCGCGCAGGUGGUCAGGGCCAGACCCACCUUCUCCGUCUCGCCAUGCGGCUUGGCCGCCGCGAGGGCACUGGCGGCCGCUGCAUGGGCUGGGUGUCCACGGGGCGGGGGGAGGGCCAGGGCGUGGCAAUGGGGCACCGGUGCGUCGGAAGGCGGCGGGAGGGCCUCGAGGCUGUGCGGCAGGCCGACGUAUCCCAAGAUGCGCUUCGGACCCUGAAAAGAAUGGACGUGUGUGUGUGUAUGCAUUGCAUUCUUGGUGUGUGUUGCAUGGGAUGGCAUCGCCCUGCCGUGCGUACCCAUCCUGAGGGCCCGAGGACGUGUGACUUCUUCCAGUCCAGGACGAGGAAGGUCCCCUCCGUCAGCGCCAGCGGCACCUCGUCCAGCGUCCGGUAGACGGCCUGGAUGCCCCGAUGAGGAUUCUUCCAGCCGACUGAUGGUCACGACAGAGAGAGCAGACACACAUCUCCGUGCUCCAAUUCUGCUCACCCCUCCCUCCCUCCGUCCCUCCCUCCCAGACGCACAUACCAGUGAGGUAGUCGGAGAGUAUCUUCUCCAUCUCUGGUGCCGACAGGUUGUCGUAUCGGUGCGCCAGCUCGGCGCCCACCCGCUGCCCAACGAGGCAAAGGAACUGGCUCUCCACAUCCCGCGGCACCGCAUCGAACUCCUUGUGGCUGAGGGACACGAACCCGCUGGCCACCGUGAAAAGCUUGCGGCAUGUCGACACGCGUGGCAGGAACCCGCCGCCGUUCUUGCCCUUCUGGUUGCCCAGCGCUGCCACAGCAUCAGGCCACUGCUGCAUCAAGUAAUCCUGAAACGCCUCCAGCAUGAUCAACACAGAUAGAUGCGUUCCAGACAGGGAGGGAAUGGAUCAACCGCACAGGGUCUCAGCCGAAGGAGGAGGCGAGUGUGACGAUGAAGCGGGAGGGUUUUCGGAUUCAGAUCCUGCAGCUGGCUUAAGCAAGCGCGUCGACGGAUGUCCGCUUCGCGAGA